AUGUUUGUGGGUCUUCCCAUCGCUUCGUUCUUUUUCGUCGCCGUUCUCGCAGUCCUUGUGUUUUUCAGGCCUGUCAAAUCCAAUGCGGCUCUCAUUACACUCGUUCUCUGGUCCGUCUUUUGCAAUAUCAUUCUUGGAAUUGAUGCUAUACUUUGGGCGGACAAUACGAACAUUCACAUACCUGUAUGGUGUGAUAUUUGUGAGUACUACGCCGUGAUCUUGGUAUCAAUUGACUCCAGCGUUGAACGUAGCAUCAAGAAUACUUUUGGCGUCGCAUAUAGCAUUCGCAGGAGCAUCUUUGAGAGUUUCCCUGGACCUCGAGGACGUUUCAUCGACCAGGGCUAUCUCCGAAGACAAGUAUACAAAAAGAGUACGACGGAUAUUCAACAUACUAUUAUGUUUUCUUGUCCCCAUGCUCUAUGUCAUACUCCCGUAGAUUUAUUCUUUCAAUAUCACCGAUUUGACAUCGUUCAGAAUUUCGGAUGUUUCGCCUCUAUUCGCCCGUCUGCCUUGAGCUUUGUAAUGAUGAUAAUCCCAUCAUUAAUAUUGUGUGUCAUAUCUUUCGUGGCCUCAGGUUUCACCUUUCAUCGCAUUUACUGUUCUACAUCUUCGGAGUUCACGGAGCAUCUAUCGUUGAGGUCCUCGCUCACAUUAUUUAGCUUCCGGUGCCGCCUCGCCACAACCACCUUGGUUACGCUUGCCACAAUGAUAACAUCAAUUGUAAUAAUCGCAGCUCAAGUAGCCUAUGCCGUGCCCAGAACUUCUUCCCAGGACACUUACCAUCGUGUUUUCCCAAUAGCCGUCGUGAAGGACAGCCGCUCAGCCCAAGCUGCAUGGUGGGGUGUCUUCACAGUGUCUCUGCUCAUCUCUUUGAUCUCGUUCAUCGAGAUGGGGAAAGAGAUAAAUUGGAAGUGGCUCACUUGCAAGACGCCCAGGCUUUCGAGGAGAGUCCCUUCUCAGGAUAUAAUAUUGCCUUCUUAUCGGGGCGCCGUUUCGACUCCUGCCGCCCUCAGUCGCACCUCACUGUCCCACUAUCAGCCUAAACCUCAGAACGUCGACCUCGUCUCAGGAUGGGACGAUAUGUUGAGCUUGACACCGCCUAAGAAAAGCAAAUCCCCGCCACCUCCACCUUCCCCUCUUCUAUGGCGGGACAAACCGUCCCGACAGGACGAAGCCUUCGCCGCAGACACGCUGAACUACCUUCGGUCUUCGGCCGCUCGGAGUUUGGAUGUCCCCACACCCGAAGACCAUUCUCGCGCUUCGUCGCCUUAUGUUGUCCUAAAGCUCAUCGUGCCUGACAGUGCCCAUGAGACGGAAUCCGAGCUCUAUCGCCGUUGUCCGUCUCUCCUUGAAGAUGCAACUUCCACCAUAUCUUCCUUCUGUGAUAUUCCGUGGCCUUUGCCACCACCUGACAUACCUGCGUCUCCCGGUCGCUUCUCCGUUAUUGAUGCCGCUGAGUAUCCAAUAACGUGUUCGUUGCUAGAACAACGAAAGACGGCGCCGCUGCGGAUUCCCUCCCGAAAGAGGUACUUGCCAGAUGCGAUAGACAGCGCCCAAAGGCCAAUCAGGAAGGCAAUCAUCCAAAUGGUGCCCGUGUCAACCAAUUAA